CACAGUCACAGCCAUUUAAAAAUGUCGCCGCUGCUUCCGCUGGCAUCUCUACUCAUUUUGGCCAACCUGGUGGCAGCUCGACCCUAUUCCUAUGACCCAAGGGCAGAAGCGCCGCCUACGAGGUUAGUCAACCGGAUUGUGGUGCAGUCCCCAUCGCUGGACAACCUGUACAUGGACUACGUGGUCACGUCCAAGCCGCUGAAUCUGCGCAAGUACAACAAGAACGGCAGUAAGGCGAAAAAAACGAAAAAGGAUUCGAAAAUAUAUUACAUACCCGUACCCCCACUGCCCUUCCGCCACAUACCCGGCAUCGGUCUGGACUAUCAGCCGAUGAAAAUCAAUCCCAUCCUCCCGUCCCAGGAGGCGGAGAAGACGACGACGAACAGGCCAGAGGUUCGUCCAUCGACGACGACAUCCAGGCCCGAUCUGGACCAUCGGAGUCCUAGUAAAGUACUCCGAGUGCAGCACCACAAGGAUUACUACUUCAAUGGACGCCCGCAUCGACUGCAGGUGGCCCAUGCCGGAAAAAAGUCCGGACUGACGGCCCUCAACCUCAAGUCCAACUUUUACUAUAACAAAAACAUUAUUUAUUAG